CCGGCUGCUUGGCAAACCACCGAAUCACACUGCAAGUGUACCUCUACUGUCAGAUGGUCGCUCUCAGUGUGGUCCAAAAUUUUAUACGAACCAUCAAUCGCCUUCACCACCAAAUCAACUAUCACGACUUUGCGGCCGCCCGAAUUUCCGACGAACCGCCCAUUUGUCUUGACUGCCAAAUCUAGCACAACAACAGUUGACCCCCUGACAUCCAUAACAGACUUUUUCCACUUCGAUUGAUUUUUGAGAUCUCGUCAAGAUGGGUGUCGCUAAACGGACAAGAAAAUUCGCUACGGUCAAGCGCAUGAUCGGCAAGAACGAUGAGCGCCGCAAGACCGAGGUCCAGAAGAAGCAAGAGUUGGAGUUGCAAAAGAAGAAGGAGGCCGCCGUCCGAGAGAUCCCCCAGAUGCCUUCGUCCAUGUUCUUUCAGCACAACGAGGCCCUUGUGCCUCCCUACAACGUCCUCGUCGAUACCAACUUCCUCUCCCGAACCGUCGGCGCCAAGCUCCCCCUCAUGGAGUCCGCCAUGGACUGCCUCUUUGCUUCGGUCAACAUCAUCAUUACAUCUUGCGUCAUGGCCGAGUUGGAGAAGCUCGGUCCCAAGUACCGCGUUGCGCUGAUGAUUGCCCGUGACGAGCGGUGGACUCGUCUGACUUGCGAUCACAAGGGAACGUACGCCGAUGACUGCAUUGUCGAGCGUAUCCAGAAGCACAGGAUAUAUAUCGUUGCUACCAACGAUAGAGACUUGAAGAGGAGAAUCCGCAAGGUUCCUGGUGUGCCCAUCAUGUCUUGCGGCAAGGGCAAGUACGCCAUCGAGAGACUCCCUGGUGCUCCUGCCUCGUAAGGUGGUGGUCGAUCGACUAGGGGCAGGCAUCGAAACUGCGCAGCUGCCACCACAACGCUUCGUCAUGUAUCAACUUGGUGUUCAAGUGCGGGACUACAAGCGUCAAGAGGGAAACUAAUCACGGCACACACACGACGCCGGAUAGUACUUACCAAUACGUGAGGGAAAGCAGCGUCUCUGGCACAUGCCAUUUGUCAAAUCCAGGCCAUUGAUGGUCAGUCAGUAUUCACAGUAGCUAGCCUAGAGUGGCUGCAGGGAGGGACGAUAACAGGAUGUUGUCAGUUGGUUCGAUUGAUACGCGUACUAUCAACCCAAACAACAUUCCCAUCUACCGGCGGGCGACUGUUGCAUCGGCCGAGAUGGAUGGAGAUCUCGGGUUAGAGCGGAAAGCAUCAAAAAGCGGACAGAAGGAAAGAAAGAAGGAAGAAGGGUUACCGGCAAAAAAACUGAAGGGAUACCAUACCACAUCGCAUUCUUGGUUAUAGAGGUUUCACACACAUAGGGUUUUACAUUCUCGCUCGGCGUUAAUUAAUGAUUUGAUUUGAUUUCAAAACAUCAAAGUUUGAU